ACCUGAUGCACUGGUGAACGGAUCGUGGGAAUUGAAAGUGAUGGGCGGACGAAGUCGGUUGUUCUUACCCUUUCCGGCCAGGAAACGCCAAAUCAUCGCGCUAGCGAGCAUGCACGUCUGAGGUGGGGGCGACGACGCGGCCGCUUUGUUUUGCGUCUCGCCAGAUGGCAAACAACACGCAUGUCUUCUUGCAUCUUGACUCUCUCUCACCAGACCUAGUAAUCCGUCCAACCAGUUCGACAGGUGAUGAAUUCGAAAUCACUCCGUCGUCUAGCCGCCGAUCAUGGCUCCCUCCAAACUGCGGGGCUACCGCCCAACUACCUCUUCCCUCCCACUGGGGCUUUAGAUCCAUAUUCAGACCUCACUUCGCUCGAUGUUCUCCUCGCCGGUCCCAUCGGCACGCCUUACGCCAAUGGUGUGUGGCGCCUGCACCUUGCUAUUCCCCCAACAUAUCCUACCGCUCCUCCUACCGCUACUUUUCGAACCCCUCUGUGGCAUCCCAACAUUGACGAGAAGUCCGGUGCCGUGUGUGUGGAGACCUUGAAGCGGGAUUGGAGCAGUUCGCUGAAGCUAAGAGACGUGCUUGUGACCAUCUCGUGUCUUCUCAUCCAACCGAACCCUGCGAGUGCGCUCAAUGAAGAUGCUGGGAAGCUCGCAAGUGAGGACUGGAAUAGCUUUUGUAGGAGAGCUGCCUUGAUGACUAAAAUUCAUGCUGCUGUCCCAAGCAAUCUGCUGGAAGAAGUCAGCGAAGCUCAGAAUAGAGGCGAGGAGGAGGGCAUUAGAAAGGAUGUUAUGGAAACCGAGACCAAAGCAAACACCCAUGAAAAAUGCAAGCCGGCGACCAACAAUGCCUCGGGCGUGUCCAAGUUCACAAGCACCACUCAUACGGAGGAUGAAGAGAAUUCAGCAAGCUCAAGAAAUAUUGCGAAUGAGAGCGACCCAGAGAGCGAUUGGAUACCAGGGCCGGUAGAACCACACAAAUCCACAACAAAUGGGCCGCACAGUAUAUUCGGCACCCACAAUCUGAAUGGUAAUAUACAAGCCGACGUAUCCCAAGGCAUUCCUUCCUUCCGAGGAAAGCGCCAUGCUGGACAAUCGUGGCAACAUGUUGAUGAUGACGACCCAUUCAUCACAGUCUCUUCCAAGAUCAGCACUCCACAGAACUUCGACCUCCGCCUUCACACCCUCAAAACCGCAGGCGUGGCCCAACAACUCUCAACUGAUACUCCAGAGCUUCUCAAAUACUCUGAUCAUAAUCCUUUCUCCGCAAUUCAGCCAAACAACCAGGUCCGGCCAAUCAUCCGCGAGUUCUCGUGGCUCUGGGAAGAAUCCCAGGGGAUGGACAGCACUCGUCUGAAUCAGGAUGCGACUCGAAAGAGGUUUGCGCAAGAUGGUUUCCAGGAAAGGCAAAGGUGGGAGAUGAGAAGAUUCAAGAGAGCGAGGUAUGACCUGAAAAGAUAUAACCGUGGUGGUUUUGGCCCACGGACAGGUAUCGCUAGGCUUUGA